AUGGAAAUGCCGACUGUCACUACCCUAGAUGACCCAUUGCCGCCCUACAACUCCCAUCUGCACCCACUGAAGGCCACCACAGCUUCGUUGCUUCUUCCUUCGGCGACCGAGAAGAGCGCAUCAUCGCUCACCGUCGAAGGAAACCUACCGCUCGUCGAUCACUGGCGCCCGUCGACGCUGCUACAGUGCCUCUGUCGCUGCUACUGCUGCUACCGACCGGUUAAAAAUCCAAGUCACCUUUCUUUUUUCUAUUUCGUUAGGGUUGCGUUAUCAUGCUCAAAUGAAGAUGAAGAGGUUUCCCUUGUUUCUUGCUCAAACUUGGAAAUGGUGAGAGGAAAAGUUGAGCUCAAAAGAAUAGAGAACACUACAAGCCGUCAAGUUACUUUCACGAAGAGGAGGAAUGGCCUUUUGAAGAAGGCUUAUGAGCUUUCAGUUCUUUGCGAUGCUGAAGUCGCUUUGAUUAUUUUCUCUCAAAAGGGUAAACUCUAUGAGUUUUCAAGCUCCAACAUGCAGAAGACAAUAGAAAAGUAUCGUGCAGAUGUCAAGAAAGAUGAAAUCUGCACACCUGAAAAUGAAGUUCACGUACAGCAACUGAAGCAAGAAGCAGCCGCCAUUCAACAACAAAUAGAGCAACUUGAAAUUUCCCAACGGAGGCUUUUGGGACAAGAUUUGGUAUCAUGUUCAGUAGAGGAACUAAGCCAUUUAGACAGUAAGUUGGAACAUACAUUGAGAACCAUUAGGGCAAGAAAGACUCAGUUAUUUAAAGAGCAAGUUGAAAAACUGAAAGCAAAGGAAAGAUACCUCUUGGAAGAAAAUGCAAGAUUGUGCAAAGAAAACACAAGUUUAUGCCAAAAGCGCAUUGCAAAUCCAUCCCAAGCGUACUCAACGAAGCAGAAGGAUCCAGUUACAAGCAACCAAAAUAGCCAGUUUUCGGAAGUGGAGACCGAACUUUUUGUCGGGCUGCGCGUCUCUCAGAAUUCUACAAAUUUAUAGUUUUAAAAAAUUGGCAAGUUUGAUCAAUAACCCAUCUCCAUAAAAAUAGGAUGAAUGUAGUUUUAUGUGCAUGAGAAUCCGGCAAAACAUGUAACAAAAAUAUGAAGAUGUCAACCUUUCAUGCAUAGAAUAAAAGGUUGAUACAUCAUACAUGUACUUUAUAUAUUAAUAAUUAAUAAGACCAUCAUUUCUUUUACGUGAUAUAGAGCUAUAUAUAGAAUUUUGUGCAUGAAGUGUAAAACUUGGUUGGUGUGUAAAUGUAUCCAGGAU